AGGUCCAGAGUCGACCGUGGCACGGAGAAAACACAUCUCAGUUUCUCAGGAGAAGGGGAGCCGGAGCGCCAGGUGCACGCCAGGUAGGGGGAAAGUAUUCCCAUAACCACACUAGGACACCAAGCGGAAAAAGGAUCAUGGAAGCAAUCUUGACUCUGCCUCUCCUCCUUGGUCUCGUCUUCACACCUGGGUUGUACGCCCAAGGUGGAACCGGAACCACGGCCAGGUCGAGCACCCUGCAGCCGUGGCUGGUGGGGCUGGCAGCGGUCCUGGGCUUCCUCGGGGUGGUCUUCGUAGGCUCUCUCAUCAACCGUUUCUUUUUCUCCAAUAAGAGGAAGGACGAUGAGGACGAUGAGGCAAAGAGGCAAAACAUGGAGCUCAGAGUGACCCCAAAUAUUUACGAUAACCUGGUGGUGGACACAUCAGACGAGGGGCCCUCCGACAAAAUGAAGACAGAGGAUAACAAACUGACCAGCUUGUGAGGAAAAGGCGAAGAGUCAGGAAGAGGAAAACCUAAGAUGGAUCUUUAUGGUCUCAGUAGUUCCUAGAGAGGAGUGUAAACUCAUCCACGUUACCUCCUUUACUACUCCAAACCCAGAUUCCCCACCCAGAGGCAGAGUCAUGAGCUUUGUGUUCCCAAAAAGAAAGUCACGUGAGCUCCGGAGUUCCGUUUUCUAAUGGAGAAUCUCCCUGCAUUCUGAUGACUCUUAAAAAAUUUUUUUUUGCAAAGUUCUGAAAAUCAAAUCUAGCUUUGCCUGUUGUUUCUCCAGUCUUGUUUGAUCUGCAUGAAUAAUUGGGGGAGUGGGGAAUUUCG